AUGGCCCUUCAUAUUCAUCAAAAUUCUCAUUCUUCUUGCAGGGAGCUCAACUUGAAGCUAGUUCACAAACACGGUCCAUGCUCUCCCCUUUUCAACGGCGAACUCGCGAACUACACCCAAUUUUUGCUCGAAGACAGUGCGAGAGCAAAGUGGAUUCGAUCCCAAUUUUCCGGCACUAACACCGCCAACGACCUAAAAGGCUCUGCCGUUAGCGUCAAAGCCCAGUACGGUCCUGGCGGCGGGAGCUAUCUGGUAACCAUAGGCCUCGGCACGCCGAAGAAGGACCUAACCCUUUUGUUUGACACUGGAAGUGCGCUCACGUGGACCCAGUGCGAGCCCUGUGUCGUGUCUUGCUAUAAACAGACCGAGGCAAUCUUCGACCCCUCUCAGUCCUCGUCCUAUGCCAACAUCUCUUGCUCUUCUCCAUCUUGCCGUCAGCUUCCUUCUGGCACUGGUAUGAUAAUUAACUACACCUCGAUUUCUCGACCAUAUCGCUGCAUCGAUUCGACAUGCGUUUAUGAUCAGCGGUAUGGUGACCGAGAGUCCUUCACCAUCGGCUUCUUUGCAACAGAAACACUGACCUUAUCACCAACGGAUGUAAUCUCCAGUUUUAAAUUCGGGUGUGGUCAGAACAAUGGAGGGAAAUUCAAGGGAUUUGCUGGAUUAUUGGGGCUCGCCCGGGAUCGGAUUUCGUUAGUAGAACAAAGCGCGACCAAAUAUGGCCGAUCAUUUUCGUAUUGCCUCCCUCCUUCGAUCAGCUCCACGGGGUACUUAACCUUCGGCAAGGGCAGUGUGAAAUCCGCCUCAGUCAGCUUCACGCCAAUAUCAACGGUCUCGCGUAGUCCAAUCUUCUACGGCAUCGACAUAAUAGGAAUCAGUGUCGGAGGCAAACCGCUUUCUAUACCGUCGACCGUGUUCUCAAAUGCUGGCACGAUCAUUGACUCGGGAACUACAAUCACGCAAUUGCCCCCGACUGCAUACAGCGCCCUGCGCUCGGCCUUCCGGCAGGCUAUGACAAAGUACAAGAUGUCAACUCCGGCUUCUCCCCUCGACACUUGCUAUGACUUGAGCGGGUCCACCAUGGUCACUGUACCGGUGAUCACAUUCUCCUUCAAAGGACCGAUUGACAUCAACUUGGAUCCCAGCGGUGUGUUGUUUCCCGUGGAUCCAUCAAAAGUGUGUCUAGCGUUUGCAUCGAGCAGCGACGACACGAAUCUCAGCAUCUAUGGGAACAUACAACAGAGGUCAUUUGAGGUGGUGUAUGAUGUGGCUGGAGGGCGGAUUGGUUUUGGCGCAAAAGGUUGUUCCUAACCAUUGUCCUAGAACUUCCAUGACAAAAGGGAGCCAAGCGAUUUGCCUGUUUAGUUUACUUAAAUAAAGUGCAAGACACUUGAAUCAAGGCAAGCGAUGUGCAUCAUUGUGUUACUAUAAAAAUUACGUUUGACAAUAAGGAAUUGUUAUCUUCCAUUUCUA